GUAGCCUGACGCGGGCUCUUACGUGUCGGCCAGAAUAAAAGUGGAGCUCCGGAGGCCUGGGAGUGACGAAGGGAGUCUGUAUCGCCAAUGAAGAUGGAGUCAGCAGUGGAGGCUCAGCAGGGGGUGGAGACUGCUGUGACUGAGACAGAGAGCCAGCAGAUCACCCCAGCACAGAUCGCUACUCUGGCACAGGUAUCCAUGACGACGGGCCACGCCUCAGCAACAGGUCCCACAGUAACACUGGUACAGCUUCCCAACGGACAGACGGUCCAGGUCCACGGUGUCAUCCAGGCUGCACAGCCAUCUGUUAUCCAGUCCCCACAGGUCCAGGCUGUACAGAUCUCCACCAUAGCAGAAAGUGAGGAUUCACAGGAGUCAGUAGACAGUGUGACUGACUCUCAGAAGCGCAGAGAGAUUCUGUCACGACGGCCCUCUUACAGGAAAAUCCUGAACGACCUUUCAUCCGACGCACCGGCCGUCCCUCGUAUCGAGGAGGAAAAGGCUGAGGAGGACUCAUCUGCUGCUGCAGCCACGCCUGCGAUCACCACGGUUACUGUCCCCACACCCAUCUACCAGACCAGCAGCGGCCAAUACAUUGCAAUCACACAGGGUGGGGCCAUUCAAUUGGCCAAUAACGGAACAGAUGGAGUCCAGGGCCUCCAGACUCUGACCAUGACCAACGCAGCAGCCGCCGCCCAGCCUGGAGCCACCAUCCUCCAGUACGCACAGACCAGCGACGGCCAGCAGAUACUGGUUCCCAGUAACCAGGUGGUGGUCCAAGCUGCCUCUGGUGACGUCCAGGCCUAUCAGAUCCGAGCAGCGCCUGCCAGCACCAUCGCCCCAGGGGUGGUCAUGGCCUCAUCCCCCGCCCUCCCCACCCAGGGCGCCACAGAGGAGGUCACCCGCAAACGGGAAGUCCGCCUCAUGAAGAACAGAGAGGCAGCCCGUGAAUGUCGCAGGAAGAAGAAGGAGUACGUUAAGUGUCUGGAGAACCGGGUCGCUGUCCUGGAGAAUCAAAACAAGACACUAAUUGAAGAACUUAAAGCCCUUAAAGACCUUUACUGCCAUAAAUCUGAGUAGUUCCUGUCCCGAACACCGAGCUGGGCGAAGUAGCAUUUCAGUUCUUUUAAAAUCCUUCGACUGUUUGAUUCUGCCUGCCUGGCCUUCCAGUUUGCACACGGCCGGCUCUUUUUGAUGAAGUCGCCCUAAUCCAGUUCAGCUUACACUACCCUCUGUUCAGUAGGCUGUCAGUAUAAUACAUUUAAAACACACUACAUCUUUUUAGCAUCAGUACACCUGUGCGUAUUCAGGCCUGUGAAUGUCUGAUGACAGACAUUAGCAAAGUGCUAACUGAAAGCCAUCAUUUAAAGGAUAAAAUCAGCUGCUGACACUGGUUAACAACCUUUGACUGUGACGGCCAGAAUAUAUGGAGCGACACGUCAUGUGGGUGGAGGGAGCAGAGUUUGUUUAAUCUGCUACACAGACUCUGUCUCUUUAGUUUCCACUACAUUGUUAGCAUGUUUACACACAGUUGAUCGGCCUCACUGUGUGUAUGUGAACUUUUCCUCAGUUUAAGCGUAGGUCAUAUUAACUGGUACUGAAUUAAUGAACUCGAUCAUUUUAACAACAGGAUCGUGGAUACGCAUUGAUUUGAUUGAUUUUUUUUAAAUGUUCAAAUGUAAAGUUUGCUAUAAUUUGCUGCAUUGCCUCUGGUACAAUGAGCUUUUUAUUUUUAAUACUUUUUAGACAGAUUGUUUUUGCACAGUUCUGUGUAGUUUUUACUGCACAUGAGGAGGCUUCUGUGGUCAGUGUAGCAGCUUCAGUUGAUUCUAAUGGACGCACUCUGCUGUAGGCAUGCCGCGGCAGACGUGUCACGCCACAUCCGUGUCCCGUGUAUUUUGGCCGUGACAUACAUUUGGCUGAUACCCAAAUAAGUUAGUAUGAGACUGUAUCAUCAGACUCGUCACGGCCUUUGUAGAGAAACUUCCCUGGAAAGUGUUUGGCGACAGAGUCCAGUGAGGCUGAGUAAUAUUAUCCUUGAAUCUUCUUUCAACAACAAUAAGAACCUCCCCGUGGUCCAAAGCUGUGGAAGGCUCAUGUUUAAGUGGCCUCAUCGGUGCAGUCGAACAUGUGUGUUUACUGUGUAAGCAAUAAAGACCGAUGUCCUUGAAGCAUCAGCAUUGUUGCUAUGGUUACCUGCAGUUUAAUUUACCUUGCCUUCCAAUUUCAGUUCAAUUGUGGGCCAAAAUUGUGUUUACGGUGUCCCGAUGUGAGGUUUUACGGACAAAUGCCAAAUUUUCAUGAAGGAAUAUUUUCUAUUGCCACUGUGUAACUUUCACAGUGAUGAGCUCAGUGUGACAACAAGACCCAGCUCAUAAAAAACAACACUGAAUAUGACUACGACUGAAAUUGACAAUAGCUGAUAUUUGUGCCUCCUGUGCUACAUUUUACAGUAUGUUCAUUCUUUAUCCUAAAACAAUUUGUACAACAGCUAAGACUUUGACAUUUCUGCAUCAGGCAAGCUCGGCUGCAGUUAAAGGCUUUGAAUGAAUUGUGAAUCUCUACUUGAUCCACAUCCUGAUGUGAACCGACAUUUCAAACAUACAUCGACUUGUAUAGCGGACUCUGCAACUCAGUGGGCACAAACAAGUCAUUUUUUCUAAGUGUUUUUUAAGAUGCUACCAACUGCCAAUCUCGAGGGAAACUGGGGGAACUGUGUGUGUCAGCAGACCGUCAAGUUUUAUAGUGUGACAUCACACUUUUCAGUCCACUCACUCAUGUUCCUCUGCCUAGCCACAACAGACGGUUGUCAGAGAUGCUAUUAAAAUAAGAUUUUUAGCAGGAUGAUGCAAAGGAAGACCAUGUUUUUACAACAUGGGGUCACAUUUUUAGAGUUUUGGCCCACAGUCGUGUUAUUUAUGAUAAAUUUUUACUAGUUUAAGUCCAUUAAGGCAGCAAGACAAAGGGCCAAAAAAAUUCUUUAAUGUUAAACCUGUUACCCAGCCUGGUUAUUGGAAAUUAAUCCUGUAUUUACACUGGUUCUGCACACAAAUAGUUCCUCAAGACAAAGCACAAUUUUAAUAGAUGUUCAGGUGUGUUCAUGGUUUAGGAAAUUGGGAGUUUGUUUAGAACUCAGUGUUCCCUUUGGCUCGCUGUGUCCCCAGAUAUCAGCUGUUAACUCUGUGAGUAAAAUGUUGUCUCGUGACAGAUGGAGUGAUGUCUGAAAGGAUAAAAGAAGAGCAAGGUUGUACAAAAGCACACAUUUAUUGAGUAAUUCUAACACCAGAGACUUAGAUGUUUUCCACACCCAGUUAAUGUUAGAUAUAAGGUCAAGCAUCAUCUCAUUGUGCCACAGUGAACUGUCAGUCAGCCACUGGCAGUGUCCAUGACAUUUCAUUUUUCAGUGUUUUACAAGAUUGUGUCUGUUUUGCGAUGUCUGUUAGUGGUGGUUAAAUAUGGGUGCAACAGCAUGGGAGAUUGCAGGGCCAUUUUUGAAUAUGUAGCAGAUUGGAUUCUUUGUGAAAUCUACAGAGGUUGUACAGGAGGCUACACUUCAUGGGUUUAACACUAAUAAUCCAUG